AUGCCCAGCUCGGCUCCCGCGAGGGGUGCCAGCCGCCCCGAGGAGCCUCCCGUCUGGGGAGGAGAGCUCUGCGGGGGGUCCGGGCGGGGGGCCCGCCUCCCCGGCCAGAAAGAGGAGGCCAAGCCCCGGUGCAAGCCCAGGCCGGUGCGCUCCAAGGCCCGACGCAUGGCCGCCAACAUCCGGGAGCGCAAGCAGAUCCUGGACUACAACCAAGCCUUCAACGCCCUGCAGCUGGCCCUCAAGCACGACCUCGGGGGCAAGCGGCUCUCCAAGAUCGCCACCUUGCGGAGGGCCAUCCACCGCAUCGCCUCCCUCUCCAGGUCUCUGCACUCUGGCCCCACGCCACGGGGGUCCUGUGCCCACGCCGAGUGCCGCGGGCCCUUUGGCGAGGGGGACUUCAGGGCCAGUCAUGCUGCUCCCUUCCAGCCACCACUGGCGUCUGGGCACAGUGACGCGCCGGUGUUUCCACCCGGCACUCCGUCUCCGGCUUGUGGCAAGCGCUUGCCCGCGGCUGCGGCUCUCCAGCAGUUCUACGAGCGUCCCCAAGAGGGCAGUGCUAGGCCCGGCCCGGCCUCUUACCCCCGCAGCCCUUCCAGGCUGUUCUCCUGGGAGCACGGAUUCUUGGAGGGAACUGGCUACCAGCCCUCUCCACCCCUGUCCUGA